AUGUCGCAACUAAAAAAGCUACAAGCUCAAGUGGAUCAACAUAUUGCUAAUUGGGAAAUUCAAAAGAAGUUUGAGGAGCUUGAAGAUGAGGAUGAAGAAAUAGUUGAUCAAGAAAGUACUCCACAACCCUUAUGUUGUAUAUUAUGUGGAGGACCUCAUGAGGGUGCAAAUUGUUUCAUCUUUGAUCCCAAGUACCGAUAUGAUGGGCGAACUCUAGAUCCUCUAGUGUCUCCGUACCAACAAUUGUGCUUGCCAAAGGAAGGUCAUGAGGUUGAUGAAAAUAAAAGGGAGUGUGAGGACCUUGGAGAGGAAGAUGAAGAAAUAUGUGAUGAAUGCAUUGAGAUGGAAAUCUUGGGAAAAGAAGGAGAGAUGAAGAUGCAAGAAAAUGGUGACAAUGAGCUACUUGAAAAUGGCUCAAUGGAAAAAGUGUUCAAAGAAGAUGAAACAUGUGAAAUCUUGUUUCUUCGUGCCAACAAUCUUUCUGGUUCCAUUCCUCGUGAACUUGGCAAACUGGAAAACUUGACCGUACUGGAAAUGGAUGAUAACCAAUUCUCAGGCCAUUUGCCAGACGGUAUUUGUAAAGGGUUGGCACUUCAAAAUUUCACGGUGAACAACAAUAACCUCUCGGGGCCAAUUCCACCCAGCUUAAGAGACUGCAGAAGCUUAAAGCGUGUCCGGUUUGAUGGCAAUAUGUUCACUGGAAAACUCUCUGAAUCCUUUGGCAUAUACCCUGAUUUGCAGUUUAUGUGGCUCAGUCAAAACCAGUUUCACGGUGAAAUCUCCAAGAACUGGGGAAUCUCCAGAAACUUGACAAACCUGCAAAUGGCUGAAAACAAUCUCACAGGUAGAAUCCCUCCUGAGUUUCAAAAUUUGACUCAACUAGGAAUACUCAAUCUCUCUUCAAAUAAAUUGGGUGGGGAGAUCCCUGCAGAACUUGGGAGUCUAUCAUCUCUUCUUUCUUUAUACUUGGGGGACAACAAUCUUUCCGGUCAACUACCCCAAGAGUUAGCCUCUCUUAAGAAAUUGAAUGUCCUUGAUUUGUCCAAGAACCAAUUUAGUGGACCAAUACCCUCAUUCAUAGGAGACUAUGAGUAUAUGCAUGAAUUGGACUUGAGCCACAACAACUUCAGCCAGCAUUUACCAGUUGAGCUAAGUAAGAUAUCACAUCUUACAACGCUGGACCUGAGUAACAAUUCUCUCAGUGGAGAAAUCCCACAUUUGUUUAAUAGUCUUGUUGAUUUGGUGAAUGUUGAUUUAUCCUAUAAUCAGCUGACUGGCCCUAUUCCUGACACCAUGGGUUUCAAGCAAGCAUUUCUGAAGGGAAACAAAGGUUUAUGUGGAGAUAAUAAAGACCUUCCACCUUGCUCAUCAACACCUACAGAAAUGUCCUCUGUGGAGAAAAAAAGUGGCCACAAAAAACAGAUUCUCAGCAUUGUAUUGCCUAUAGUGGGAGCUCUGGUACUAGUUUCUGUGUUCGCGGUGGUUCUUUUCACUUGUGGUGGGAAAGGAGAUAGAGGUCCAGAUGAAGAGCAAUGCAAUUCGUUGAGGCGGGGAGAUGGUGACAACAAUGAUGAAGACAGUGAUCUCUUCUCCAUAUCCUCAUUCCAUGGAAAGGCAUUGUAUUUGGACAUCUUGAAAGCCACCAAGGAGUUCCAUGAGAUGUUCCGCAUUGGGGAAGGAGGGUUCGGGACUGUAUACAAGGCGAAGAUCCCAUCAGCCGAGACAGUAGCUGUAAAGAGACUUCAUUCAUCAGCUGAGAUCACUGAUAGGAAGGGCUUCUUCAACGAAAUAACAGCUCUGACAACGAUCAGGCACAGAAACAUUGUCAAACUCCAUGGCUUCUGCUCAAAUGUGAAGCAUGCAUUCUUGGUUUACGAUGACACAACCCAGCAUCACAUGCGAGUCGGAAUAAUAUUGCCGAAGCUGUUGCUGCCGGAGGUUGCCAAGAGCUCGCCAUCAGCCGCCGCAGUUGCUCUGGAAAACGUGAAGAUCGCUAGAAGCUGA